AUGUCGCAAUCCGAUAUUGACUUAAUGCAAGGACCGGCUUUGACUCCUCCACCAGGUGUUGCCUCGAAUUUUGAUAAUCCCUAUUCCCUUCGACCAGCAGCCGAUGCGGUCAAGAUAGUGACUACUGUUUUAGCUACUUUGGCUAUUCUCAUACGGGUUUAUACUAAGUGGAGGAUUAUUCGAGAGGUACAUCUGGAAGAUUAUAUAGCGGUGGCAGCAUGGUGUGGUUAUGUUGUUUUCAUCGUAACAACCGGGUUCGAUCCUGAUGUUUUCGGACGACAUCAAUGGGAUAUCAGAUUGAAGGAUUAUCAAAUCUUUCUCUAUGGUACCUACAUAACAUCUAUAUCAUUCGGUCUUGCGAUAAUGUCAAUCAAGAUCUCGAUACUGCUACAAUACGUCCGGCUCUUCACUGCAGGAACACGAGAUCUAAUGUUUUGGAGCUGCCAUGCACUUAUGUGGAUCACUAUCGUAUUCUAUACGAUUCUGCUGUUCAUGACAAUUUUUAUUUGUACCCCUAUAUCUAAGUUUUGGAGUGUUCUGGAUACCGCGGGUCACUGCCUCGAUGUGAAUUACCUGUUCUUAGCGACGGGGACGGCGAACACUAUAACCGAUUUUCUUAUUAUAUUACUUCCACAACCGGUCAUCUGGAAACUACAAAUGAGCUUCAAAGAACACGUUGGUGUUUCCGCCGUUUUCUCAACAGGGCUUCUGGCAUGCAUAGCAUCCAUGGCUCGCCUAUUCGUUUCCCUGAAACUCUUGAAAAAUCCGGAUGCUUCCUGGUACACUAGUAUCAUGUGUAUUCCCUCAUAUGUAGAGCUAGGAGCUGGUAUCAUCACGAGUUGUCUACCGACAUUGCCGAAAUUCUUCAAAACGAUGUCGCAAAUACCGCGUGUGUCGAGGAUGUGUCAUUUUGUGUCUUCGUUGUCGAGGUCUUCUGAUGAGUCGGGUGAGUCGAAAGAUGAAGAGAGGAGUAGUGGUUCUUCGUGGAAUCAAAACGGAAGGAUGCCAUCGGGAUCGAGGGGGCAAGGAAGGAGAGAGGAAAACUCUGAUGGUGUGGAGGAGUGGGAGGGAUGUAACGCUGGGGUUUCGAGGACUAGUUUGGGGAAUACGACGACGGCUAUGGGGAUGAGAAAUGGAGGGGAUAAUUCGGAGAUGAAGUGUGUUGAUGAAGAACGAGGAAUCUUGAGAUCGGUGCAGAUUUCGAUUGUUAGACAGGGUCCACCGGGUAGGUAG